AUUAGCAUGCUAUAACCCCCUUCAGCCAUCCUGUGAUGAACGGAAAUAAUUCUUUCUUUUUUGGUUACCAAGUGAAGACGAACAUUCUCAUGCCUCCCUGCACGUAACCAUGGGUACAUUAUGCAUCCCCUUCAAAACUCAAGUCCUUAGAUCUCAAGAGGAACCUAAGGCGCCAUCACAGGUUUCAGGUUCAGACUUCUCUGAACUCCUCCCAGCUUCACGUCGUACAACAAAUGAUCAUAUAGUUGUGCCUCAACUUGAUAGAAGCUUCCUGCAGCAAGAACUCCUUGUUCGGAGGUUGAAUGACAUCCAAGACUGGCUUUGGCUAUGUGGUCGGCCAAUGCCUCCCCGCCCACUACACCACCAGAUCCUCCUCUCGAGAGAGAUCGCCAUCAGCGAGAAUCCAGAACUCCAUCUCGUCUGGUCGAAGAAUCGCAUGUUCUUGAAACCUAUCCCGUUAUAUCUCCUCGUUCCCGAUUUUUGGGCUACCCAUAUCAUUCAUGACGAGGAACUCACCAAAUGCGCGCGAGGCUACCUCUACUCCUACGCCGCACUGAUCAUGUACCAGAGCGACUUCCGCAUCGCGCAGGAGAAGGGGUUACUACCCCUCAGUAUUACGUGGGACGGAUGGAGGAACCUCGCCAAGGAAGUUCUGGAUGGCCACGCUUAUGCGUCUGUCAAUCCGAGAUACUGGUACGGAGAACUCCGUCUGAGCCGGCUGAACAAGAUCUACCGAAUCCGGAAAGGUUUCAUCUUACGCGGCUACUCCAAGAUCGCAGCCCAUACGGUCUACGGCGAUUUGAUUCGGGACAACUUUGCCGCGCUGGCGACCAUACUCGGUUACGUCGUCAUCGUACUGACAGCGAUGCAAGUCGGCCUGGGGGUGGAAAGACUGCAAGAAGACGAGGCGUUCCAGAAUGCAAGCUACGGAUUUACGGUCUUUUCGAUUAUCGCACCGUUGGCGGCAGGCAUAGGUAUCUUUUUGGUGGUUUUGAUUGUGUUUGUUAGUAAUUGGAUCGCCACAAAGAACUACGAAGGGAAGAGGUUCCAGAAGAUGGGAGUGGAGCCGUUCUGGAGAGAAGACAAAGCGAAAGACAAGGGGAAAAGCAGGGCGACAGAGCCAACGGACUAGAAUCAAGGAGUAUUUGAUGAGCGGGGAGUUUAAAAUUGACUUCAAAAUAUCCAUAAUGGAUUGGGCGAAAGGCACCUGGUUUUUUUUUUUUUUGGUUCACGAUGAUAAGAAUACUUUAUAUAUAACCCAUUGUUUUGUGUAUAAAGGUGGGAACUACAAAGUGUCCAUAGGAGUUAAGUAUGAGGUAGGCUAGGUACCUCUUAACCUACUUAACCAACUGUAUAAAUACAUUUCAAGCGGUACUGCCGUACACAUGGCGAAGCUAAAUAUUCGGCGCCAUGUAUAAAGAUAAAUUAGAAUCGA